GGGGCACUGAGUGAGCUCGCCGGUAGCUGGAGCUCACAGUCCCCUCUGCCUGCAGCGGCCGGAGAGGGAGGUGCGGGGCACUGAGGAUUCUAUUACCCGGGACUUCGGCAGGAGGACUAUUGCGUGUAAACCCAAGGCCAGACUAAGAUCCGGAAAUCAUGGCAAGCCUCCUGAGAUCGGUUACUACCAGCUGCUCAAGUCCCCUUUUCAGUAGCCUCAUUUCUCUGAAGGCGCAGACUGUGAAGACACCAUGCCUGCGAAUGUUCCGCUCUCACCAGGUUCUCUGGUGCCAGCAGCCAGUCAGACCAGGCGUUCCAUACAAACAGCUCACCGUGGGGGUCCCCAAGGAGAUAUUCCAGAAUGAGAAGAGAGUGGCGCUGUCUCCAGCUGGAGUGCAGGCUCUGGUCAAACAGGGCUUUAAUGUGGUGGUGGAAGCAGGAGCCGGAGAAGCUUCUAAAUUCUCAGAUGAUCAAUACAAGGAGGCUGGGGCCAAAAUUCAGGGGACCAAGGAUGUAUUGGCUUCGGACUUGGUUCUUAAAGUGCGGGCGCCCAUGUUAAACCCUGCUCUGGGAGUGCAUGAAGCGGACCUAUUCAAGUCCUCCUCGACGCUUAUCAGCUUCAUUUACCCUGCUCAGAACCCUGACCUGCUGAGCAAACUCUCUGAGAAGAAUAUGACCAUUCUGGCAAUGGACCAGGUGCCGCGUGUGACAAUUGCCCAGGGAUAUGAUGCUUUGAGUUCAAUGGCAAACAUUGCAGGGUACAAAGCAGUUGUAAUGGCUGCCAAUAACUUUGGCCGCUUUUUCACUGGGCAGAUCACUGCUGCAGGCAAAGUCCCACCAGCCAAGGUCCUUAUUAUUGGGGGUGGUGUGGCUGGACUGGCCGCUGCCGGAGCCGCUAAAUCCAUGGGAGCAAUUGUGAGAGGUUUUGACACCAGGGCUGCCGCUUUAGAACAAUUCAAAUCCCUUGGGGCUGAGCCGCUGGAAGUGGAUCUGAAGGAGUCUGGAGAGGGCCAAGGUGGUUACGCAAAGGAAAUGUCCAAGGAAUUCAUUGACGCCGAAAUGAAGCUCUUUGCCAAACAGUGUCAAGAUGUGGACAUCAUUGUCACAACCGCUCUCAUUCCUGGCAAAAAAGCUCCAACUCUGUUCCGUAAAGACAUGAUUGAGUUGAUGAAGGAAGGUUCCGUUGUGGUUGAUUUGGCUGCAGAGGCUGGAGGAAACAUUGAAACCACUAAACCAGGAGAUCUCUAUGUCCACAAGGGUGUGACACACAUUGGCUAUACCGACAUCCCCAGCAGAAUGGCCACUCAGGCAAGCACACUCUACUCAAACAACAUCCUAAAACUCCUGAAGGCCAUCAGCCCAGAUAAGGAUCAUUUCUACUACGAUGUAAAGGAUGAAUUUGACUAUGGUACUAUGGAUCACGUCAUCAGGGGAACUGUCGUUAUGAAGGAUGGUAAAGUCAUUUUCCCUGCACCACCUCCAAAUAAUAUCCCUCAGGGAACCCCUGUGAAGCAGAAAUCUGUGGCUGAGCUGGAGGCUGAAAAGGCAGCAUCCAUUUCACCAUUUAGAAAGACAUUUAAUGGUGCUGCUGCUUAUACAGCGGGCCUGGGCACCCUCCUCAGUCUGGGCAUCGCCUCACCCCAUUCUGCCUUCACUCAGAUGGUGACAACCUUUGGAUUGGCUGGCAUUGUGGGCUACCACACAGUAUGGGGAGUCACUCCUGCUCUACAUUCACCUCUUAUGUCUGUGACUAAUGCUAUCUCAGGUCUGACAGCAGUGGGAGGACUGGCCCUCAUGGGAGGAGGUUACCUGCCCACCAACACCCACGAGCUGCUGGCUGUCCUUGCAGCAUUUGUGUCUUCCAUUAACAUUGCAGGAGGCUUCCUCGUUACACAGAGAAUGCUGGACAUGUUCAAGCGUCCAACUGACCCUCCAGAGUAUAACUAUCUGUACCUGCUCCCAGGAGGUGCCCUUGUUGGAGGAUAUGCUGCUGCCCUCCAUAGUGGAUAUGAUAUCGAACAGAUGGUUUACCUGGGUUCAGGCCUGUGCUGUGUCGGAGCCCUUGCUGGCCUGUCCACACAAGGUACUGCCCGUCUAGGUAAUGCCCUUGGUAUGAUGGGAGUGGCUGGAGGAAUCGUAGCCACUUUGGGCGCUCUUAAACCAAGCCCAGAGUUACUAGCACAAAUGUCUGGAGCAAUGGCACUUGGUGGCACUUUAGGUCUGACAAUUGCCAAACGGAUCCAGAUUUCAGACCUACCCCAGCUUGUGGCUGCCUUCCACAGUCUUGUGGGUCUGGCUGCAGUUCUCACCUGUGUAGCUGAAUACAUGAUCGAAUACCCACACUUUGCCACUGAUCCUGCUGCAAAUCUCACCAAGAUUGUGGCUUAUCUGGGUACCUACAUUGGUGGCGUCACUUUCAGUGGCUCCCUUGUUGCUUAUGGGAAGCUGCAAGGUCUCCUUAACUCCGCUCCUCUGAUGCUGCCUGGAAGACACAUGCUAAAUGCAGGCUUGUUAGCUGCCAGUGUUGGAGGCAUCAUCCCAUACAUGUUGGACCCAAGCUACACCACAGGGCUCACCUGCCUCGGAUCCGUGUCCGCCCUUUCUGCUGUUAUGGGUGUCACCCUCACUGCCGCCAUUGGAGGUGCCGAUAUGCCUGUCGUUAUCACCGUCUUAAACAGCUAUUCCGGGUGGGCUCUGUGCGCAGAAGGAUUCUUGCUGAAUAACAACUUGCUAACAAUAGUCGGCGCCCUGAUUGGUUCCUCUGGUGCCAUCCUCUCCUACAUCAUGUGUGUGGCAAUGAACAGAUCCCUAGCAAAUGUGAUCCUAGGAGGCUAUGGAACUACAUCAACUGCUGGUGGAAAACCCAUGGAAAUCACUGGCACCCACACAGAAAUCAAUCUGGAGAAUGCAGUUGAAUAUAUAAGGGAGGCCAAUAACAUUAUCAUUACCCCAGGUUAUGGGUUGUGCGCUGCCAAGGCUCAGUACCCCAUUGCUGAUCUGGUGAAAAUGCUGAAGGAUGAAGGAAAACAUGUCAGAUUUGGUAUCCAUCCAGUAGCAGGCCGUAUGCCAGGUCAGUUGAACGUACUUCUGGCUGAAGCAGGUGUGCCAUAUGACAUUGUGCUGGAAAUGGAUGAGAUCAAUGAAGAUUUCCCCGAAACCGAUCUAGUGUUGGUGAUUGGUGCCAAUGACACAGUUAACUCUGCAGCCCAAGAAGACCCCAACUCUAUUAUUGCUGGAAUGCCAGUCCUGGAGGUGUGGAAAUCCAAACAGGUCAUUGUAAUGAAGAGAUCUCUUGGUGUGGGUUACGCUGCCGUGGACAACCCCAUCUUUUACAAACCUAACACCGCCAUGCUUUUGGGAGAUGCUAAGAAAACAUGCGAUUCCCUGCAGGCCAAAGUCAGAGAAUCCUACCAGAAAUAGAUGCUCCUUUUGGUUUUUAUACGAUUUACUGGCCAGUGUUAACUGUUUUUAUAACACACAUUUUUAUAUAGUACAACGUGUUAGCAGUUAGACAUGGGAAGUACCGCAGAUUAUUGGAUUUGCGCGAAUGAGCCACGUGCGCAAAGUAGUAUGAUAUCCUACAAUAGUGUUUCUUCAAGAAAACUGUAACAGAGGUAACGAAAUUUCCACUAAAGGCAAUCUGAUAUUCUAUUUUAUACCUUUCUACCCAACACAUAGACUCCAGCUCUUCAUACAGAUCAUACGCGUAGCUCCAUACAAAACAGGGUAACAGCUAAGCAGUGUUAUAAGAGAACUAACUUUUUAUUGAGGAAAAGGCUAAAAUCGCUCUUGAUGUUGUAGGGAAUUAGAAUGGCGCCAUGUUUUGCUUAAUUAAGACCUCAGUUGCAUUUUGUUUUAAUCCAUGCAAGUCCCUGAGGACUUGUCUUCCACAUACUGUGCAGAGAGGGGAACCAUAGCAUUUAAAGCCCAUUGUAAUCCAGCGCUCACAAAAAGGAUUGCUGCUCUCAGUGUAUUGUGAAUCACGUUCUGAAGAGUGACACGACGUGUCAUAUACUGAAAUUCUGGUUUAUCCAAUAUGUUCUGGAUAGCUGUAAAUGUGUAAAGCCUGAAGCUCCUGGUGUAGAUGUGACUUUGUGUUUGUACAAACAUUCUAACAAUGUCAGAGUAUAAAGGAUAUAAGAGGAACGUAUAGUUAGCCCUAGGUUAUAUGGAACUGUUAUACGGACUUAGCAAUAUUUAAUCUUGUGUUUUUUCAUGUUGUGAGAAAGCAAAUCAUAGGACGUACUGUGACUUAAAGCCUCACUGCUGCUUUGAAGACAUCUAAGCUGUAUUAUUUCUUACCUCUUUUCUGUUCAGGGGCCUCUGCUGUUAGACCAGAGCACGGCAGAUGGUUAUUAAGCUAUUUAGAACCCUGUUUUCAGCGGAUAUGAAGGACCACUGCUAUUAAUAUUUAUUAUUUCAGUACCUCGUUCGGUUAUUGAGAAGGCAGAGAGCAACUGUACUGAUUCUCCUGCCUCUUGAUACCUUAGAAGGCUGGUGUCCCAGAAUCUCUCAGGUUGUCUUCCACUAGAGCAGAAAUGCAGAGAUGCGCCAUAGUGGAUUCAUUAGCAUUAUGUGAUCAAGACCCGUGCGUGUUUCAGGGCAGUUGUCUUUUUAACUUAUUUACUUAUAAACAGGCAGCUAUACUAAAGGAGCAAUAUCUAUAGCCCAAACCGCACUGAUUUUCCUUAGAAAAAAAA